ACAGCAUUUGUUUAGUAAUAUCUUUUAUUGGACCAGUGUAUAAUUGGGAAAAGUGUUAGGUGAGCUUUUGGGUAGAAAAUGUCCUUCCUCAGGUCACUCAAACUGCCGUUUCUUCACUGACCCAUUCCCUUCUAGCUCAAUCCAACCCCCAUCUCAAGGUAGCUAAAAGGGACAAACCUGUUCUGACUUUUAUAAGCAGCCCCCCAACCUCAAAGUCCAAAGGAGGGCCAUGCACAUGAUUAGAGGCCUAGAGACCAGAUCAUAUGAACAGACGCUGAAAGACUUGGGAUUCUUCAGCCUGGAGAAGAGAAGACUCAGAGGGGACUUGGUGGCAGCCUACAAGUAUAUUGGGACACACGUUAGGGCCUAGGGAAGCAUCUAUUCACCAAAGCCCCCCAGGGGAGGACAAGAAAUAAUGGGCACAAACUGAAAAACUUCUUUACAAGUUGAGUGCUGAAGGUUUGGGACAUGCUCCCCUCCGAGGUGGUAGUCACCCACUCUAGUGAUCUUUUAAAAAGUGUCUUGUAGCCCACUUUGAGGGGGUCAGUCUUUCCUGCACAUGUUCAGGAGGGCUGAACUUGAUCUGUAAGGUCCCUUCCAGCCCCUUACAAGUAUGAAACUAUAAGAUAGCCUUGAGUGUGUAAGCCCACUGCACAUGAGUGAGCACAAGUGCAAACCCAAGAACCAUUUGUUCCCUGGAAAUGCACUAUUUGUGGUGAAAGACUUUAGAGGGUUGACAUUCCCUGUAAGAAACUGGAAGUCCUACUUUCACCAAAACCAGCCACAAACCCUACAUGUCUUGCAGUGAUUUUUUUAUUUUUUUUUUGGCUGAGAGCACAGACUGAACCCUCCUAUUCCUAGAAGUGGAGAUGCGUUGGGAGGAAGCUGCAAGAAAAUCUCCUACCAUGGUCUCAUUCUGACGCAUAGAAGAUUGGCCUGGUCCUAACAAAUCAGGGGGGAAAGAAAGAAGUGCUCAGAGAGAGACUUUAAAGCUUGGUGUAACUGGAGUGGAAGGUUCAUAGAUUGUUAGGGGCUGGAAGGGACCUUGCAGAUCAUCGGGUCCAGCCCCGCUGCUCUAGGCAGAAAGACAACUGAGGUCAACCCAGUGAGGUGACUGUCCAGUCUCCUCUUGAAAACCUCCAAGGGGAAAGGAUGAGUUCACCCACUGAUGCCAGCAUGGAAGAAAUCCCUCUGGAAGAUGAAGAUCAAGACAGCAUGGAAUACAAGGUUGUAUUGGCCUUUGCCCAACGGCGAUUGUCCGCCAGCAAAUAUGGGCAACUUCUGGAAAAGGGGGUAAAGACACAGAGAGGAUUGUCCCAAGACGAAGGAGAAAUGGAAAGUGUUCCUCAAGCUCAUAAGACCAAGAGAAGCCACAAGGUGUCCAUCAAGGACAAAAAGCCCACUGCCCUAAAUAAAAAGCAAAGGACAAAAACAUCUACCUGGAAAUGCCGGCUUCUCCCUUCCUGUUUGAGAAGAGAGACAGAAGAGGGCCCCCAGCAGCCAUCUGCCAACCAAGAUGAUAUGAAUGGACUGACCUUACAUGCAGAAACAGCUGGUGGGAGUGCUGAUGCUUCUCUAGGGCCAGAAGCUAGGGCAGAGACCAUCAGCCAUGUUGCAGACAGACUUGUCAAGAUAGUUCGUUCCAAAUCACCAUCAGAUUCCUCGGGAGUGGCGUUCAGAACAUUAGUGCGUACUCCAAGCCUAGAAGAAGAUGGGAAUGACACUGAAAAAGAUGAAGAAAAGAUAAUAGAAGCAAUUGUUGAUUUGUUAAGAAAAUCCGGAGAUGAACUGGUGACAAAGUUGGAACAGGACAGGACUUUCCAUCAGUAUGUCAUGGAUAUGUUUUCCUAUGCCUUCUUCAAAAAAGUCACUGAUCAGUUCUUGGAGGAUAUCCCAAUGGAUUCUAUAAAAGAGGAUGAAGACAAAAUCCAAUACACUAAAGUUGCUUUUACACUGGAAGUCGCAACUAGACUUACAGCUGUGGACAACCAUCCUAUGAAUCUGGUCCUGGGGUUUGGCUCAAAGUACCUCAAAGAACAUUUUAGCCCUUGGAUUCAAAACCAUGGUGGAUGGGAAAAGGCUUUGGAAUUGUUGGAUGAGGAAGAAGUAGAAUAAAUUUGAUUCACACUUCGGAGCUUUGGCAGCUAAUCCAAACUAAAAAUGAAUUGAGAGAGGGAAACUUUGACCUUCCUCAAACCUGGGGGUAGGAUUGUUCUUCAAGCCACAUGCUGCAGAAAUAUUCUCUAGUGCAUAUGGAAACAAGACUUGCUGCCUUUCUUGUGAUGAACAGAUACCUCACCAUACAGGAAAUGCAACAUUGUAGCUUCUGUUAAUGUGAAUUCUGGUGCGGUUUUUGGGGUUUUUUGGAGGGUGACGGUUGGCAGAGUUGCUUCCCAAUAUUUCCAUGGAUAAAUCAUUAAAAUGUGCAAUCAUGAACAGAUUAUAGAAAUGGGACCAGCUUUGCUAUAGAAGUUGUAAAGUUAGAUGCUGCUAGUGCUUUUGUGCCAUUAUCACACCACACUGAAUCACAUUUAGUUCCUGUUUUGUGCAUGCAUGGCUGUGGACUCUCUCCAUUUGGAGUGAAAGGUCCCAGUGAUUUCAGUUGAAGGGCUUUCAUAGUGAGAAGACCCAUUUUCUUCAGACCUUUAGCUCUGUUCUCAAUGUCCACCCCAGAGAGAUCAACUUGUAUGAGCAUUUCUAACUUAGCCUCUCUGUUUAUAAUGUACUACCCCCCCAUGCAUAUAAUAUACAUUAUUCGCAUAAGCAUUAAUUUUGCUAAUACAAGACUCUCAGAAAGGCGAAGUUAAGGAAUGUUAAAACUGUCCUCUGACCAAUAAAGAAAACUAUUUGUUGUAACAUUUUAAAAGAGAGCCAUCUGCCAGGGAAACUGUUCCCAAUAUUGCUAUUUGAUUUGUAGCCCAUUUGGCUGAUAUUUAAUUGAAAAAAGGAGGAAUUUAGAUUCUUAGGUGUAGUUAUAAAAUUUGGAUCUUUCUCUCCCUAGCACGUGACUCCAUCUGUAAAUGGUUACACUUGGUGAAAAGACUUAGGUGUCCUUUCACUGUGCUCAGGAGAAACAUUGGUAACCAUUAGAUGGAGGAAACAGUGUAUUAAAAAUUCAUCUGAAUGAAAUUAGACCAACUCUCAAUUCUUUGUUAAAUAUGUUGGUCUUUAAGAGUGAGUGAGGACUGAUAGGAGCCAAAACUAACUUUCUAAUUAACUUUGAAAUUAUGGUAUGUAACAAACACUGGCUGUUCUCCCUGGGAGCAGAUUGAUAAAAUAGGAGAUAGUGACAUAAGGAGGGCAGUAGAGGCAAAUUUUUGAUGAACAUUUCAAAUGUACACCAGAAGUCAGACAAACUAUAGCCUAACUUUUAUAUCACAAGUGACUAGUGAUUUAUGCAUUUCCCCUCUGAAAAUCAGGUUGUCUAAUGUGUAUCAAAUAGGGUACCUACAAUCGCUAGUCACUUUCCAUAAGUUAGGAUUCAUACCUACAUUUCCUAAUCCUAGAUAUUUGAAAUGCUCUGAAAAUAUCCAGCCAUACUUCUAUCUCUCUUUUUGCCCCCUCUCAUGGCAUCUUCUGUAGAAGAACUUAGAUUGUGACAAUCUUGCUGUAUUACAAUGAGUGUCUAGUGCUACAAGCAGAGGCAAAGCUGCAUUGUAAAUGUAAAGGGGAAGCCAUAAUAGUUUCAAAUCAAGAUACACUGACCCUUUCACAAAGCCAGAUACUCAACUGUCAUGGCUGAGCCACAUCUACCUCAUCAUACCAGCUAAGGAUUUGGUUUGCAGUAUUAAACUAUUGAAACUUCCUGUUUCUGUGCUAUGUCUGACUGGCUGAUAGAAUGGCAGUAAUUUUGUCUACCGAACACUGGUAUUGCAAAGUGAAUAAUUUUUUUGCACUAUUAACUCAGUUGAUUCAUGAAACAGGCUUAGUGAACCAGGCUUCAACACUAAAGCAAGAAGGUACAACUCCAUGGUAAAUGUCCUACACCUGUCUUUAAUCCACUGUAUGUUUUAGCUAAAGACCAGCUUUGUAGUACAUAAACUUCUCCAAGUUAGCUGGAUUCUGACUACUAGAAGCCAUAUUUUAUUUUAUUUUACUUUAUAUUUUCCUGGUUUCAGUAGCCAUUAGUUGGUGAAUAGGGUAUGGACCUUUUGUUGUGUGCUUUAUUGCUUCAAGGUAACCAUCAGGCCUACCUACAAAUCUGCCUCUUUUUUCUUUAGUUUGGUGCUACUUCUGGAUUAGCUUCUCAGUGGGAAAACAGGGUCAUAGAAAGAAAAGCACAGAGUUUGGAUGGAACACUUAAAACUUAGCCAUCUAAAACAAUAUUCAGCUGUGUUUUAUUUUUGCACUGUGCUGCUGAGCUGGGAUGAGGGACUUUCUUUGGUAGCAUUAGGGUCCAAUAUGGAAAAGCAUCCAAGUGAACUGUUUCUUAUUUAAAUGUUCUUCCAUUUGCCGUCCACAUCACUUCAUCUUGAAGUGCAACCUGCUCCUUUUUAUCUCAGGUGGUAACCUUCUUAUGCUGAGGAUGAGAGCUUUGAUCCACUGGAAGAAUAGCAUGUAAAGUUGUACACUGAUGCCAUUGAAACUUGAUAUUGCUAUUGCCUAGAAUUAAUUGACCAAAUCCUUUUGGAUUGGCGGUCCAGUCUGUUAUCUGUAUCAAAUAAAACAGCACAAUAAAACUA